CUCUCUCUCUUACAUUCUCUCUCCAUGUAACGCAGUUAUUGAAAUUCGCUCUAUUGCACUAAAAGCCGUUGGAUUCUCUCCAUUUUACACCUCCCCCGCAUUCCAUGAUCUGCCCCUGAGCUCUCUGUAAGAAGGAAUGUUCAUUUUCCCGGAAAAAUCAUAAUCCCUAUUAUGUAUUUUCCCGGAAACUUUCAUUUUCCCUCGGAUUCCCCCUGCAGCUGCGCUUAACUCACCAAUCUGAUGGUUUUUUGAGCUUCUCUGGAGCUGACUUCUUGGAUGUAAUUUCGUGUUUUGUUUACUUAACGCAAUGAUCAGAAUUCAGAUCUUAAUAGGUUUUCUCUAUAUAUUUCAGUCCUAAAUUAUCAAUCGUUUUGUUGUUGUUUCUUAAGUUAUCUAAAUUCCCAAAGGUUUGCUUGAGAUUCUAGGGUUUUAUCUGUUGUUCUUAAUAGUUAAUAGUCUCUUAUUCGGAGCUUGACGGACGAUAGAUUUUCCCUAUUUUGUUUUCUGAUGUUUUAAAGUCAAGGUCUCUUGAAAUUUCAUAAUCUUCAAGGUCUCUGUUUUUUGUUUGUCAGUAGAAUUUGUGAACUCGCUUCGUGUUCCGAGGGAAAUCCGAUUUCGAGUUUUUUAAGAAUAGGGUUUUUGUUUGUUCAGGAAGAAAUUACCGUUUCUAGGAUAUAUUAUUAGGGUUUAGCAUUUCAUCUGAAUGGAUAAGGACAAGUCCCCUGGUCAUGGUGGCGGUUUACCGCCCCCUUCGGGUCGAUAUUCGGGGUUUUCGCCUGGUGGUAGUGGUUUCAAUGUGAAAUCUGAGCCAUCCAGCUCGUCGUUUCCUCCUUUGGCCCCCGGUGGUAGCUCAGACGUGGGUCAUUUUGGGCAUGGAUUGUCUGCUGAUUCCGGUCGGUUUAGCCAUGAUAUUAGCAGAAUGCCGGAUAACCCGCCGAGGAAAUUGGGUCACAGACGAGCACAUUCUGAAAUCCUAACCCUUCCUGAUGAUAUCAGCUUUGAUAGUGAUCUCGGUGUAGUGGGUGGUGCGGAUGGUCCUUCGUUUUCUGAUGAGACCGAGGAAGACUUUUUUUCUAUGUACCUUGAUAUGGAUAAGUUCAAUUCUUCCUCUGCUACAUCGGCCUUCCAAGUGGGUGAGUCGUCUUCUUCUGCAGCAACUGCAGCUAUGAUCGCAGCACCAGCUUUGGGUGCAGCAACUUCCUCUGCAGAGGUUGCAGGCAGUGGUUCUAAUGAGAGGCCUAGAGUUAGGCACCAACAUAGCCAGUCCAUGGACGGAUCGACAACCAUCAAACCGGAAAUGCUUGUUUCAGGUUCAGAGGAGAUUUCUUCAGCAGAUUCCAAGAAAGCCAUGUCGGCUGCUAAGCUUGCCGAGCUUGCUCUAAUUGAUCCCAAGCGUGCAAAAAGGUAUAGCUUUUUUCCUUCAGCGGUUUUAUCCUUAUUCGACUAGCUUUGUAAGGAAGUUCUGCAAAUCAA